UUAUCAGAGGCUCCAUCCUGUCCUUGUGUAAAAGAUGUUUAAACAUUAUUGGUGCUGAAAAGUAUAAAAAGUUUUAGGUGGGCAUCCACCAAGCAAUAACGCUUUGCAAGUUCCUUGAAUAUGAGGAACGUGGGUGCAUCGAAGGACCCAUAACAAAAAAACUGUACAAUUCUGCAGGAGGGACUCACCAAUCACUUUACAGUUAUUUUUUCCAAGUGUCUUCAAAUUCAAUUGUUCCCACUCAAAUGAGGAACUUUAUCAUUAUUGGUGCAAUAACGCUUUGCAAGUUCCUUGAAAUUCAAUUCUUCUCUUCUCACAAAGAUGAGGAACUUUAUCUUUAUCCGAAAGCAAAUUUCACGUUGUGUUAAGGGAAUCCAAGGAACUCAGAUACCUAGGUGAAGAACAGCAACCAAUCAUUCAUAUCAACAAAAGCCAGAAAAAAGUAAUCUCCAUCCAUUAAUUAUUAAGAGCCAGCCAUUUUUAUUGUUGGAAAAAGAAACAGGGAAAGAAUCGGACCAGAGAGAGAAGAUGGCUGAGUUUGCAGUUUCGACUGUCGUCGAAAAGCUCACGAACUGGAUCACCGAAGAAGCACUUCUCUUGGAAGGCGUGGGUGACAAAGUUGAGCAACUACGAGACGGACUGCGGUGGAUGCAAAGUUUCCUCAAGGAUGCAGAUGCAGAGCAAGAGAAAAAUGAAAGACUUCGCAAUUGGGUGUCUCAAAUAAGAGAAGUGGCUUUGGAUGCCGAAUAUGUUAUAGAAACUUACAUUGCAGAAGCAGCAUCUCACAGUUCAUGGAACAUAACUGCAAAGUUAAUCAAUCGUUACUGGGCUGGAAAGAAGAUUGGAAAAAUCCAAUCUAGGGUCCAAAACAUUUCAAGCCAAAAAGAACAUUUUGGGAUCACCAGCACUAGUCGAGAGGGACGUGAAGGGACGAUUGCUUCUGCAAAUGAAAGGCUACGAUGGUGGAGACAGACAUCGCCCAAUAUCGAGGAAGAUGAUUUGGUUGGUCUUGUAGAAGAUACCAAAGCAUUGCUAAGACAACUAUCUAGCAUGGACCUGCAUCGCCGUGUGGUUUCUAUUGUGGGCAUGGGGGGUCUAGGCAAAACCACUCUUGCAAAAAAAUUGUACAAUCAUUGUGAUAUCGCAAAACAAUUUGAUUGCAAAGCAUUUGUUUAUGUAUCUAAAGAUUACCGUAGAAGAGACACUCUGCAAGGGAUAAUUGUAGUUGUAAGUCCUAAUUGCAAUAUGGAGGAUUUGAAGAAACUAGAAGAGGAGGCAUUGAUAUCGAAGUUGCACGAAUUGUUGAAGGAGAGAAGGUAUUUAGUGGUUCUUGAUGAUAUUUGGGAAACAGAGAUCUGGGAUAGCAUGCAAUCUGCAUUUCCAAGUGGAAAGAUGGGAAGUAAGGUGAUGCUCACCACCCGAAAAAAGGAAGUUGCUUUAUAUGCAGAUAGCGAACAAAUUGAGCCGCGGUUUCUAACGCAAGAAGAAAGCUUUUUACUGUUCCGCAAGAAAGCAUUCCCGGGAAUGAAUGAAAUGCCUUCUGAUUUGGAAAAUUUUCUCUAUAUGGGUCUUUUCCCUGAGGAUUCCUCUAUAUCGAAAACAAAGUUGAUACAAUUGUGGGUUGCAGAAGGAUUCUUACCACAACAAAGAGAAGAAGCUGCGGAAGGUGUUGCCGAAAAUUGCUUAAACGAGUUGGUUGAUAGGUGCAUGAUCCAGGUAGGAACACUAACCUCACUUGGAAGUCUUAAAGCCGUUCGCAUGCAUGAUGUUCUCAGAGACUUCUCUAUCUCCAAGGGCAGAGGAAAGUUUUCUUGAAAUUUAUAGUGGGC